ACCAAACGCAAGUGGAUCCUUUUUAAACUACUUUCAAGUUAUUUUCAUGUUACUCAUAUUGUCGAUUAAGAGCGGGACGUUUAGACUCUAAUCCUAACUUUAAUACUUAAAAUUACUCGUAUUUUGCAAAGGAAAUGGUUUAUAUAAUAGCCGGCUUCCUCACACGUGGCUCAUGUGAAUAUCAACAAACUGAGUUAUUUUUUGGUCAGGUUUGUCCACUUCUGAUCUUCUCUGAAUGACCAUAAAGGCCAGGACAGGAUGGCCUGUUGUGAAGAAGCAGAGGCCCAGCUCGCUGAACUGGAGCUCCUGACCAGCAUGUUCCCCAGCCAGGAGGAGCUGGUGGUGGACCAGCUGGCCUUUGAGGAGCUCAGAGCUUUUGUGGAGGGAAGAGCUGAUUCUCCUCCAACCACCAGACCUCAGUUCUCCAUCAGGAUCAGUGUGGACUCCUCCACAGCCAACGGGGUGGACAUCACACUGUCCUGUGCGUUCCCACUGGACUACCCAAAAGUGCUGCCCGAGAUUGCUGUCAGGUGCUCUGAGCUGAGUCGUGCUCAGCACACUCAGCUGGUCUCUGAUCUGACGUCAUAUCUGAGGGAGAGCUGUGACGGAGGCCUGUGCGUGCUGACCGCCGUGGACUGGCUGAAGGAGCACACGCCAGGGUACAUGAGCGAGAGCCCGCCGGCGGCCCGGAAAGAGCCGUCCGCCGGGCAGAGCGGGGAUGCGUUCAGCAGGCUGUGGAUCUACAGCCACCACAUCUACAACAAGAGCAAGAGGAAGAACAUCCUGGAGUGGGCCAAAGAGCUGGACCUGUCCGGCUUCAGCAUGCCGGGGAAGCCGGGGAUGGUCUGUGUGGAGGGUCUGCAGCCCGCCGCCGAGGAGUUCUGGGCCAGGGUGAAGGUGUUGACCUGGAAGAGGAUCAUGAUUCGGCACAGGGAGGACGUUCCUCUGGGCUCGUCUGACACCGUGGACUCACUGCGCAAGUUCUCUGGCUUCGAGGAGGCUGUUUUCGACCCUCACGGGAACCGAGGAAAUCACAUGGACCUUGGCCAGCUGUUCCAGUACCUCAGCGACCGAGGCUGUGCAGAGAUAUUCCAGAUGUACUUUGGAGUCGAGGGGAGAUAACUGUGCUGUGGGGGGGGGGACUUUUAACUGUAUGCACUACCUCCAUUUACUAUGGAAUAAAUGUUUUAAGUCUGUACAUUUGGAACAGACUAGUAUGGUUGUUUAUACACUCAGGAUAACAAGUGGAACGUGUGCUUAACCUAAACGACCACAAGAGGUCACUGUUUCCAUUGUUAAUAUGAACAUAAAGGCACUGCUGUGCUGCAAAUGAA